UCGCGGACCGGUGCUGAGGGAGGCGGGGCGGGCUUCAGUCAGGGCACGGAGUGGAAUGGCGGACGGUAGGGGCGGCCCGCCUCGGUGGUAGUGAGCGGAGGGAGCCGGAGCAGAAAGCGAGGCCGCCUAGCGGGAACACUGCCUGAAGUGGGUCCACCAUGCCGUUAGUAACGAGGAACAUUGAGCCAAGGCACCUGUGCCGUCAGACGUUGCCUACCGUUAAAAGUGAGCUGGAAUGCAUGACCAACAUCACCCUGGCAAAUGUCAUUCGACAGCUAGGGAGCCUGAGUAAAUUUGCAGAGGACAUUUUUGGAGAGCUGUUUACUCAGGCCAACACCUUUGCCUUUCGGGUGAGCUCUCUAGUCGAGAGGGUCGAUCGCUUGCAAGUCAAAGUCACUCAGCUGGAUCCCAAAGAGGAAGAAGUGUCCCUACAAGGCAUUAAUACAAGGAAGGCCUUCAAAAGCUCCACCACUCAGGACCAGAAGCUCUUUGACAGAGACUCCCUCCCAGUGCCUGUCCUGGAAACAUAUAACAUCUGCAAUACACCUCCACCUCUCAACAUUCUCUCCCCUUACAGGGAUGAUGGCAAAGAGGCACUCAAGUUCUACACAGACCCUUCAUACUUCUUUGACCUUUGGAAAGAGAAAAUGCUACAGGACACCAAGGAUAUCAUGAAAGAGAAGCGGAAGCACAGGAAAGAGAAAAAGGAUAAUCCCAACCGAGGGAAUGUGAAUCCACGGAAAAUCAAAACCCGGAAGGAGGAGUGGGAGAAAUUGAAAAUGGGCCAAGAGUUUGUGGAGUCAAAAGACAAACAAGGAUAUCCCUCUAACAUGGUGUAUCAGAAUGGCAGCAUUGGUUCAGAUGAGAGCAUGGAAAUGAACUACUAUCCACCACCACCUCAGUCUGAUUCCGUCUCUCCACCGUCUCCAUCCUACCCAGACGACAACCUGCCUCCACCACCCUUGGAAUUUAGCUACCCAGUAGACAACCAGAGAGGUUCUGGUUCUGGAGGACCAAAAAGAUCCAGCCUGGUCAGUCCAAGCCAUCCUCCACCACCCCCUCCCCCCCCUCCUGGCCCCCCGCCUUUGUCUUCUGGGGGCAUGGCUGGGGCACCAGCUCCACUUCCGCCUCCAGAUUCCUCAGCCUCCAAGCCAAAAUCUUCCUUGCCGCCUGUUAGCGAUGCUAGAAGUGACUUGCUGUCCGCUAUCCGUCAAGGCUUCCAGCUCCGCAAGGUGGAGGAGCAGCGGGAACAGGAGAAGCGGGACGUGGGAGGCAAUGACGUAGCAACGAUCCUCUCUCGCCGCAUCGCCGUGGAGUACAGCGACUCUGAGGAUGAUUCUUCGGAAUUUGAUGAGGACGACUGGUCUGAUUAACCACGGUUCUGCUCCCCACGCGCCUCCUAGCUGGGCCGACCCCUUUCUUAAAGAGCCACGUACUUCCUAGGUUGCCAAAACCUUUUAGUUUUACCUGUCUCCUCCAGUAACCGAAGAUGCACCAAGGGGUGUCAACAAGCCACCGUUGGCCGUGGCACGACUUGCGCUUGCCUUUCCAAAAGGUCAGCUCUGAGAGACAGAGGGCUGCAGUGUUGUUUUCCAGCAGGAGGUGGAAUGGUGCUUGCUUGUUAAAAGAAACUCAAACCCCCAUGUUGGCAAUGCCACAGCACAAAGCUGGGUUAAAGAUCCUACGGGUGGAUCUUUUUUAUGACCAGUGACCUUUUUUACAGCCAAAGGGCUCUUCAGAAGAAGGGCAUUUUCAGCCAGUUUUCUAAUUGCAGCAGCGUGUAGGAUAUAGUAGACGUAACUGUCCCUUCCUCUCCAGUUCAUAUGGAACUACUGCUAGGAAAUGGGCUUAAAAUGUCUCUUCUAGGCUGCACCCCAUUAUUACAUAGCCCUUUGAACAGUCCAUUAUUUUGACGAUAGAAGCACCAUUUCCCCAGCAUUCCAGAACUAAAAAGAUCUCUCGAGUUGUAGGGUUGCGGGAUGCACCACGUGGAAGCCAGCGGGUUCGGGCUUCUUUAAAAGUUGCCUCUACCCCCUCAGUAGCUUGGUCUGUGCCUCCGCAACUAAUGAAGGAGGCUGGGCUAAGGGACAGCCUUCGCCAACGGCCAGCUACCCUGCCUGCCCACCCUGGUGCGCUGUGGGAACUGAGCAGUGACAGCUAGCGCUUGCGAGGUUCUACCCAAUCUGUUGUGCUUGGAAGGUUUUCAUUGGCUACUUAGUGAGCUCUGCAGUGCAUCUAGAGCAGGAGAUGUAAUGCGUGGUGGUGGGUGAAGAGAGGCGCUCUCAGCGCCGGAUCUGCUCCAGGCCCAUUUGGCGUUCUGUGUGUCUACAGUUAAUUUACCAGUCAGGGCAAGGAGGUGAGGCAUUAGUGUCUCAUUUGGCCUAUUCAAGCAGCACUGUGUUCAGCUUUUCAGUGAGGACGAUGGUGCACUUUAUGCAGGGAAUUGAACAGCAGACAAUGCCAGUAUUUAGCCUGUUCUCCUGUCUCCUAUCCCGGUGGAGAGGGUUACAUGUUGCAGAAUCUCUCAGAUCUGAGUCUGCCAUCGGUAGCAUUACAUCUAGCCCAUAUUAGUGGUUUUCCAUUACUGCACAUCCCAGUUAUUUCCCAGAAAAUGCUGUCAUAUCUCUUUUACCAAAUAAACUUACAAAUUCCUAAUCUUUUCCCUGGAGGUGCAUUACAGGUGAGGGGUGGAAAUGGGGAUUUUAGAUUAGCUGACUUAGGUUUUAUUAGUUUUAUUACCUUUUAAGUUGAAUGCAAGCAUCUCCAACAGGAUGGAUACAAAAAACUCUGUGUAGCAGAUGCUUAUUUAAUAUCUGAUCUGGGUUUGACUAUCCAAGUCUUAGUGUGACAUAAAAGAGCAGUUUUUUCCUGUUAAGCAAUUCCAGCCCAUGUGAUUCAUGGAUCCAACUAAGGGAGGAGGGACAAUGCAAGAGGGAGUCUUCUGACAAGAUGGCCAACUCUCCAUUCUCUGUUCUGCCUUUACUUUUUUGAAAGUAUUUUGCCAACACGUGCCUCUCCUUCCCUUCCCUCACUGACUUGCCUUAUCACUGUUUUUCUAUAUCAAAACAAAGAUGUUACCAGAUACAGCCGGAGGUUGUCAUGUUGCCAGAAAAACCCUCUUGGGUUUGUUUUAGUGUUUAAAUUCUCACUUUUCUGGAUUCUUCCUAUCUUCUUUAAUACCUUUUCCUUUUUUAACCCUUGACAUAGUGAAUAAAUGAAGUGGCAUAAAGGCUAGGGGACCGCACUUUUGGGUGCAGGUGUUGUCAUGUUCUAGUUUGGCCAUAAAGCAUCGAUGAGAUUGUUUUAUUACACCUCUGCACUGCUAUAUUGAGACAGCAAUCCAAGUGGGUAAGGUAGUAUCCUAGGAAGGUAUAGGCAGUGAAACUUACACUACUUUCUGAUGCGACAAGAAUACAGGAGUCAAGUUAGUUCCAAUCCUCCAGUGCCAAUAAGCCAUAAUGCAUUCCAGGGCACUGGAAGUUAGGAAUAUACAAAUGCCAUUUUUGUCGGGGGGGGGGUUAAUUGUUUUGCCCCCACUUGACCCCAUUUCCUAAAGGGGAAGCUAAUAUACCUUUCACUCGUUUUUUUCAAGAUGUGAUAUCCCUUGGGACCUUACAUGGACAGUCCAUUUGUGUGCAAAUCACUAGUUGGAUUGUGGAGAAGUAGCAAUGGUGCCUGACAGUUCUGUGACCAAUGUCCCGGUUCUGUCCUGUUUUCUUCCAAAUCGUUAUGCAAUAAAGCCUGCCCCUUUGUACUAGGUGGCCAUAAAGGUGCAUGCCCACUUACACAGAUCAGAGAUCUCAUCAAUGAGAGGAACACUGUUUUCUUCAAGUCUAGUUUAAAAACAGUUGUGCUUUUAAAGACGUUGAAGUGCUUAGAAGUGGUUCUAAAACAUGAGUCCUCAACCGGGGGGGAAUAGUGGGAGGGGAAGAAAAUAGGUGCCAAGAACAACCUGUCUGCAAGAUGGUUGUGUGCAGAUGGCUCUUUCCUACAGCCCAUGGGGACAUGUUUGGCUGAAUGGCCUUCUGGCCACUUUGUUGGGUUAGCGGGUUCUUAACUUAUUUGGUGUGACCAGAGGUACAGUCCCAAGAACAUAAUGUGGGGAGCUGUCAGUGUUUAACCUGGAGGUGUGCGUUUGGACAGGUCAGGGGGCCUUUCCUCCGAUCCUGGUUAAGUAUUCUCUCUCUCGUUUUCAGCUGUAGUGCCUGGCUGCAUCUCAUAGCAUUCUCCUCCUCCCCCCUCGCACUUGCACGUAGGUUAUGCCUCUUACAGGUUUACAGGACCCAGCCUGGAGGCUCAUCUGCAGUCAGUGACCUUCAUUGGUUCUCAUCUCCUUAUCAGUCACAGUGCACCAGACCAGAACCAAAGAAGGGCUCUUGUAAGUCCCGGAUGGCCAAGAAACUGUGUGAAGUAUAACUUCAUGAGAGAGAGAAUUACAGCCCAGAGACUUCUUCAAUAUACCUGCUUUAAAAAUACCUGCCCUGGAUUGGCCAAGCCUGCCUCUUCGCUGGCUUGGUCAGGUUUUCUGUGUCUCGUUCUUUUACAAAGCCUUGAAGUGGGAUGUGGAUCAGGUUGUAUUACUGUGUUAACUUUAUUCCUUUUGAUUCAUUUUAGAAACUAACCAAUUUUUUUCCUGUCUAGACUGAUAUAGAACUUAGAAGAGCCAUAAUGCUCCUGAAGUGCCUUAUUUCCUAUACAAUAUAAAUAUAUUUAUAAGAGUAAUUAUUCCAUUUGUUCUGGGGGGGGCCUACUCUGGGCAAAAGUGUUGGUGGGGAAGAGACAAAAGUCAAAUGAGUCUUACAGUGUCAAAGGAAAAAGGGCGUGGGAAAGGAUUCUCUGGGUUGUGAACAGUGGGGGUUACUCCCUCACCAACCAAAGGAACGCAGAGAAAUAGCAAAACUAAACCCUGUUAAAGUCUCACCAGCAAAACACGCUAGAUCCUUGGCAUGGAGGUCAACUAUUUGUUUUACCCCACAGAAUGAACAGUGACAGAUUCUGGAUUGUGCUGCCAGUGCAAACCAGGAGUAACACCACUGGCUUCAGUGGAGUAGCUGUGCCUUUACACCUGCUAAUCUGAAUUCAGAAUCUGGCCUUCUCCUGUUUUCUGUUUUCCUCUGUCAGGUGCUAUUUAGCCAAGCUUUCAUACUGCUUUUUUAUAGUCUGCUUGGUCUCCCCCCAUCACCAGAAGAAGAUCCCAGUUUGCAAUGUUUGUAAUGUAUGUGUACAAAUCUUCCUUUUUUAAAAAUGUAAACUUAAAAAAAAAUCUUGAUAAAACCUUUCUAUCCAAUCAA